CCAGCGAGGAAUGUAUCUAUUAGUUGGAACACUGGAAGGAUACAUCUUUGUUAUCAAUGCCAACCCCUCAAGCUUAUUUCAGAUUCUUGGAUUCAUAGAGGUGAACAAAGGCAUUUUACAAAUUUCCACGGUGUCUCUUUUGGAAACAGACAUAGUGGAAGUGAUGGUUCUUUCCCCACUUCCAGAAACAGGAAGAAGCAGGCUGGAGAUAUUUACUCUGCCUAAAAUACUACCACACGUUUCUGCAAACUUUUCUGAUGAAAGAGGAAGGCUGAAUGAUGAAUUCAUUCAUAAGAUCCUGUAUGAGAUAGAGCAUACUCUGUCCUCUGCGGUGUUGGACUUUAAAAGUAACCAAAUAUAUGGCUUCUGUAAUCAAGUGCCAUACAUCUGCAGCUAUCUUCUUCCUGAAAAAGCACAUAGUGGUAUUUGCAUUCUUAAGCUGUACAAAAAAGUGCAGAGUGGACAUUAUGGACCUGGAAUGCUCUCUUUGUCUCCACAUGGAUUGUGGCUCAUAACAACAGCUAAAUGUGGCAUUCUGUGUAUCCGAGAUAUUCAUACUUUGGAAACAUUUGCUCAGUGUCGGAGUCAUUCUCACCAGGCACACGGGAUUCAAUCAGUGAGAAUUUCAAUGGAUGGACAAAACAUUCUGGUGAAUGGGAAAGGUGAUGGCACCCUUGUUUACCUAAGAUGGAGGCAGUUUGGAGGAAACUGAGCCAAUGAAAUUCCUGAAUAUUGCCAACAACUUUUAACUUAUUUAAACAACACCAUGGAUGAGGAGAAUAAUUAUUUAAAUAUAACCCGAGGAGAUGGCUCGGAUUUGGGAUCAGAAUCUGAACACACAGUUGAGUUUCAAUAGUGUUUGUUCCUCCUCCUUCUCUUUCUCUCUUUCUCAUUCUUUCUCUCUAAAUAAUAUCAUUUUCAAUUUGUGGUUUUCUUUGAGCAGAUAAGUAGUAAUAUUCCCCUUUAUCCAGGUGUCCCAAGAUUUUCAAAAAGAGCAUAAGCUACAUCUGAAAGAGCCUUUCUCAAAACCAUCCCAAAUAUUACAUCUUAGAUCUUAUUUAACUCAUGGCACAAGAUCUGGGCUUUCCUUAGAAAGAUUCUUACUAUCAAUUUCGGUGCUUGAUCAAACCAAUAUCUCUAUAUUUUAUAUCACAUACUUUAUUUAGGAAGUGUCUAGCCG